UUUCGCUGGUCAAGUUCUUUUCCUUUUUCCCCAUUAUUUUAUGCAAACGAUGGAAGGGGAAGACUACCAUCAAAAACUACCCGGCAAAAAGCGAGUACGAGCAACACAAGCCUGCAUAUUAUGUCGAAAGAAAAAGAUCAAAUGCGACGGUACCAAACCAGAAUGUUUGCACUGUCAAGAAGCCAACCUUCACUGCGAAUACACCGAAUGUAAAAAGCGAGGACCACGCAAAGGCUACGUUCAACUCUUGGAAGAUCGCCUUGUUCAACUUGAACGCCGACUCACAGGAUCCGUCGAUGAACUUUCUCCAGAGAGUCUUGCACAACCAUCGACGGGUUCCAGUUUUCUGGAUCAUACCAAAGAUGCCGCCAACGUUUCAUCGUCCGCGGAUGACGAAUGCCCACCGAAUGAAAUAGUCAUGCACUUGGUCGAUCUGUUUUUCAAGUAUCUCAACGUCGUCUUUCCACUUGUUCAUCGUGCCACAUUGAAACAAUCCAUUACCGACGGUACGGUGCACAAACCAUUGCUGUGGGCCGUCAUGGCCAUUGGUGCAAGGUUCUCAGAUCAUCCAAUGAUCAAGGCCGAGCCUCGGUAUUGGGCGAGUGAGCGAUUUGCCCUCAAAGCCAGGUCACUCAUCGAUGCCGAAUUACUUGAACCGACCCUUCCGAAUUUACAAUUCUGGGGAGUCAUGGCAUCCUUGGAAUACGGUCGAGCCAAUGGAUCAAAAGCAUGGAUGUACGGUGGCAUCGCUAUCAGGAUAUGUCAAGACCUUGGUUUACAUAAAGAAGAAACGCUCAUUACUCCCAUCCUCAAAGAAGAUGGUACCAUCGAUGCAAUUGCCAUGGCAUUGCGACGUCGCAUGUUUUGGAGUUCCAAGUGCUUGGACGUUUUUACCACGGCGGGGACGAGCCGACCUCAAUGUUUCGAUCGAAUUGAAUGCGACGCUAAUCCACCGGCGGUAUCAGAGAGCCUGAUAUUACGCGACACUUUUCAAAGCAUUACCGUCGAUAACCGCACCAUCACCACAGAUACACUCAUUGAUAUUCCACGCUACUACCUACGAAUGAUCCAAGUGUUUGGCGAAGUCAACAAAUUCAUGGCACGAGUGGAAACCAAUCAAUCGUCCAUCGUGUGGCCUCCCGUAGCCGAAUUUAGUCGACUCGAUGCAAUGGUACGAGCUUGGAAAGACAACCUUCCCGACGCAUUUCACUACACUCCCGCCAACUUGCGCCAUCAUCAAGAACACGCGAGUCAGAACUAUAUUAAUUAUUGGCUGACAGCCCACGUCCUGUGGUGCACGACCAUGAUGGCAUUGCAUCGCGGCAGUCUCGCUUAUGCCGAUGUGAAUCUAUCGGAUGUACCUAAAACGACUUAUACCAACAUCCAGUCCAGUAUCGAAGCAUGCAAGUCGUGUGUGGAUACCGUGAUGCCCAUCUUCAAAGCGAUGCGUGAUCUGUGCAGUUUCAACACCCUCCCGUACAUGGGUUACUCAUCUUACAUUUUCGCCACCGUCCUCAUGACAUCGACCUUCUCCAAAGAUGAAGAGUCGCGCAAAAAGAGCGGGGAUGGAUUAGCAAUUCUGUACGGCAUGAUCGAGUGCUUGCGACCGUAUUGGUUAAUGUGUGAGCGAUUAGCCGUGACCACGGGUGAAUUGUUGGCCACUCACAACCGUCUGUAUGCCGGUCAAUCCCGGCCGGAUUACGCCUACGAUAACCCUGCGACGAAAAAUGAAGGAUUACCAUUCCACAAGUUUGGAUCGUCCAACGGAAAACCGUCCUCCCACUUAUCAUCUCUUCAUCAUCAACCAUCCCAGCCCCCGCAUUCACAAACCACCGGCACUGGAGGAUCAUCAUCAUCGAUUGCCUCUUUACUCGACAGCAACGUUCCGAAUGGAUAUCUGUACUCAAGCUUUAUCAGCGGCCCAUCGAUUGCAGGCAAUAGUAUGGUGUCUUCAUCAUCCCAACCUUCGUUGACAGCGACGCAACAGGCGGCACCGCUGUCGCUGCUGGCGGAAUCGUUCCCUGAUCCAUCUGGUAAUGGACAAAUCGAUUUCAACAGUUCCGAAUUCUUGUGCGACAGUGCUUUGUUUGGGCAAAUCAUGUUUGACGGGACGGGCAGCAAUAAGCCUGCUACGCCGGGAUCUCUAUUCAAUCCAAUGGGAUAUUCCAUGAUGCCGACCACGUACCCUUCCUACUCUCACAUGGUGAAACCGGAAGCCGCCACGUACGACGGAUCGCGAAGUAUCAUGGUGUCACUUCCUGCGCCUUCUUUUCCCUCCCGAAGCAACUCGCUCUGGGAAUCUUCCUAAAGAAUUUCUUGUAGAUAAUUCUCUAUUUUUUUGACUCCCCCUUUUCUUGCUGAAUAAUUGUAUAAAAAGCCUGCGCCUUAUCACGGUGCUUCAGCAAGUCUACCCUUUUACUCUUAUUAUGUCGCCCCCUUAUAGACCUUUUUUUUGAAAAAGAAACUAAUAGAAUUUCAUCUAAAAGGAUUGAAACCCUUUCUUAAUGCCCCAAUAAAUUAACGAGAAUCUUUCAUUUGCCUUGCGGUACCUAGGCUACUCACCCAAGUCUUACAAUCGUCAGAAUUCUGG